AUGCCUUUAUCAUUAACAACUAGAAAAUCAUUAAAAGAUAACGAAGAAACUCUCAAAACUCAUUUAGCUACUAUUGAAAAAGCUUUAGGUACUCCAUUUGAAAUUGUUUUCGAUUUUGAAGAUAUCAUCACCAAAUGUAAUGAUAAUUGGGUAACAAAUAGCUGUGGCUCAAUCUUUUACAAGGAUGUUGUUGGUAAUUUAGCUAAAAACAUUGAUACCAAAGUCAGUAAAAACGAUAUGGUUAAAGAAGCUUUCUUAAAUGCUGUUCCAAACAAGAAGAUUGUAUUUGUUGCUGCUGAUGAAAAAUUACCAUCCUAUUGGCAAUACUCAUUUGUUGAUGGUAAUUGUGUAAUUUCAUUCCGUCCAAAAAUCUGCAACACCAAUGAUGUCUUUACUGCCAAAUUAGAAACUAUUCUCCCAACUGAAGGUGUAUAUUCUUUAAUGACUCGUUUAAAUAUCAAAGAAAAUGAAGCUAAAAUGGCUGCAAACUUAGCUUCUGUAAAAAAAGCAAUGAAAUCCGAUGCCGAUUGGACUAUUGAUCAAGCUUCAUUAGAGGCUGUAUACCCACAUGUUGCUGCUGAUUUAAAAAAUAGCUUUGGUCAUAUUUUCGCUGGUGUUGUUGAAAAAGUAGCUGCCAAUCUUGCUAAACGUUGUGCCGAUGAAAUGGUGUUAGAAGCUGUUCAAGAAGCCACCUCAAAUCGUACUAUUGUCAUUAAACACAAUGAAACUCAAAGUGGUUAUUGGUUAUGGUCAUUCGAAUCUGGUAAUUUAGUCAUCUCAUUCAAAUCUAUCACUAACACAAAUGAUGUUCAAACAUUUGAUUUCAUUAAAUUAUUAUAAAUCAAAACAAAAUAAAAAAACAUAAUAUAUAAUUUAAUUUUUAUAAAUAUAAAAAUUUAAUUAUUUUUAAUAAACUCU